AGUUAUGUUUGUGUACUUUUUGCGCAAGUAGAAUCAUUCCGAAUUAGUGAAUCCAAUCCAAUUUCAUUCUCUCCAUAAUAAUUACAAUAAUCCCAAUCAACGUUGGGAUCAAGUUCGGUGUGCCUAUCAUCAAUAUCUACCAAUAUCUCAAUAGUUCCGAUUUGCCUCGUCAAGUUUGGGAGUACCAAACAGUACAUUUUUCGCGUGAAAGAUUCAGUAGCUUCUGGUAAAUAGACAUAAGAACCUGAUUAUAGAAAUUUAGAACACAAUGAAAAAUCUGAAACUAAUCAUUCAAAUUCCUCCAAAUAGUAUCUAUUAAGAAGGAGCAGAAACAAUUCUUUAAAUUGUUUUUUAGUCAUUGAUUCAUUGAGUCAUUGAACAACAAAUCCUUGUCUAUGAAAAUUUUGGAAUCAAAAUUCUUUUCUAGGGAGGGUCCGAGACGGUUCGUUGUAUUGUAAACUUCGUCUAAAUUCGACUAGGUCCUUAACUAUCCUGUUCAAAGAAGUACGCGAAAAGAAUCUAUUUCUGCCAUCUAGUAAAUAGAUUAGACGAACCAGCCCAGGAGGCUGAAACUCUCAGAAAUAAAGAAUUAAAAAAAAACUAAGUUACCAAUACCAAUAACGGAACAUCAUUGUAUAUGUAAAGUGUCCAAUAUAUACGUUUAUGUUGACGUUUAUACAUGUUUUAGAAAUGGAGUCCGAACAACAAGCACGUGAGAAAAUUCUGCACAAAUACGUUGAAAGUCCGUCAAUGUCGCCUAAUAACAUAGCGAAAUCACUCGGGAUUCCUCGCUCGACCGUAUAUAGCGUUCUGAAACGCUUCCGUGAGCGCUUGAAUGUUGAUCGCAAACAAGGAUCUGGUGGUAGGCGUAGUAACGACUACAAUCCAAAGCGAGAUACAGUGCUCAGAAUGAUGGAGCAAAACCCUAAACUUUCAAUGCGAGAUGUGGCCAAAAAGGCUGGAGUGUCAUCGUCUUACGUCCAAAAAGUGAAAAAAUCAGCAUGCUCUAAGUCGAUAAAGAAUGGAAUUAAUGGAAGUGAUUAUCAGUGCCUAACUCUGCAAACAAAUUUAAGGAACGAAGAAACAAUUCAAAAUGAUAACACCGUCAGAGAAACCGAAAGUACCAAUCAAGCAGAUCAAUGGGAUCAGCGAUCCAUCGAUGUCCAACAUGAACCUUUAGAAUCUAACGUCAAAGAAAUCGAUGAUGAUCAAACGACUUGCAGUAAUAAUAACAAAAACGACGAGUCUAGUUGCUCUGAGGGAGCCCCCCAAAUUGGAGGGUAUCCGAAAGAGGUGAGACGAAUAGCAAAUAAGUGCUACAUUUGUGACACUAUUCUCAAAACGAAAAGUGAGUUCGAUGAUCAUCUCGAAAGUCACAGAGAUUUGUUACCCUUCAAAUGUUUGCAGUGUAGCACAGAGGCAAAUCCCAUCGAAACCUCUACCGUGGCAGGGCUUAACAAACAUUUUGAAACGCACCACAUAGUGUUCGUUUGUUCUCACUGCCCGCAACGAUAUCGAACCUGGGCCUCAUUUACAUAUCACGUACGGAGCACUCACGACAAGCAGAAAUUCGAAUACCAUUGUGAGUUCUGUAAAAAAGGCUUCGAUAACUAUAAAGUGCAUCGGAAUCAUGUACAAGCACACAAGAAUCUAAUCCUGCAACGAUACAAAUGCGAACCCUGCGGAAAAUUGUUCAAAACCAAACACUACCUUCGGAAGCAUCAGAAAUCCAUUUCUCACGCCAAGCUUGUGCGUAAUGCAGAAAACAAGCCAUCACCGAAAAUUACCACUAGGAAAACGAGCGAAAUGCUUAGUGGUGAAAAAAGUACUGAUGAAACCAAGAGAAUCGUGGAGCACAUAAUUGCAAAAUCCGAUCCAGACGAUUUCGAUGGAACGAAUGCUGAGAAACAUCGUAGCAAUGACAACGUCACAGAAUUCAUCCAGGAACAAAUCGAACUGGAACCUAUUGAUAUAAAAGAUGAGCUGGACGAUGAUGAAAUGGAUAACGACAUGACAACUUACAUCUCUAACAAUUAGGACAACGAGUCUAACCGCUCUGAGCAUAAACCGCGGCGUAUGAUGGAUCAUCUCGGGUGCCACCUACAUAUGAUACAUAGGAUGCGAACCCCAUCGAAUUUUACGCCGUGCCAGCCCUUAAUGAACAUUUCGAAACGCACAGUUCAACUUCAGUUGUCUACAUUGCCCGUUGCGGUUACGGAUAUGGACUGCGGUAAAAUAUCACAUAUGGAACAUUCAUGAAAAGCACAUUGAGUAUCACCGCGAAUUCUGUGAGAGAAUUUAUGAUAAUUAUCAAAUACAUAAAAUUCACUUCCCAUUAGUCAGAGCUUCUCCUACCGCACGCGGAAGCCCAGUACUGACCGAACAUGUGUGGUAACACGACUGUAAGUAACUUCCCCGGAAAUAAGACUAUUUAAACCUCAAGUGAACCCAGCAAACGGAAAAGAUGACAGACGUGGAGCAGUGGAGCAAAUUCCUAGUUAUCCUCAAAAGAUGGUAAAUCAAGAAAAACUGAAACAAAGAUCAAAUUCCAAAUCAUAUCACGGAAACGGAAUGAAUGGAAUUAAACUGAAAUGUUUCGGUAAGAGCAGCGUCAUCAAACCGAAUACUCUUCCGAAAAUCAUAUAAACUUUUCCAAGGUUGUGAACUAUUCCAGGUACCAUAAAAAUUCGAAUCAAUGUCGCUACUAGUUACCAGAACGUAAUAGCACGAAUACAAAUACGAGUUCAGUGAAAAAUAUUUCAAUGCAUCGCUUCCUAAAACAUCAGGAAUCGAAUACGCUAAACAACGCAUACGUUAACAUUCAUAGUCACGAAUUCCUAGUAAAGGAAUUUUGUUAUUUCAAUUUUAUGGCGUUUUAUCAAAGGUUGCUAAAAUCAAACCAAAUUAUUUCAAAUAAAAUUGUAACAAAUAAGA